AGGACCAAACCACCAAAGUCGGGAAAGAAUUGGAAGAAGAGUUAAGGAGACAGUUGGUGGAAUUGUUGAAGGAAUUUAGAGACAUCUUUGCUUUCUCUCCAGAGGAAUUAACAGGAAUCAAUCCGGAGGUCAUGGAACACAAGCUCAAUGUCGAUCCCCUUAAAAAACCCGUCAAGCAACGACUCAGACAUCAUGGGGCUGGGAUAGACAAAGCAAUCGAGGUCGAGGUGGAUAAGUUGCUAAAAGCCGGGAACAUCAAAGAGAUCCAAUUCCCCGAAUGGAUAUCCAACACUGUGAUGGUGAGGAAAGCAUUGAACAAAUGGCGUAUGUGUAUCGACUUUCGCGACUUGAACUUGGCAUGUCCCAAAGACCAUUACCCUUUGCCGAGGAUUGAUCAACUAGUCGAUUCCACGGCUGGUUGUGAACUGCUAAGCAUGAUGGAUGCCUCCCAGAGAUAUCACCAAAUCCCAUUAGCCCCCGAGGAUCAGAGCAAAGUUAGCUUCGUCACAAGCAAAGGGAUGUAUUGUUAUGUC